CCUCUAUUAUUUCUUCGAUCUCUCUUCAACUUAAAGCUCUACAUCAUAAACCCCAACUCCUCCAAGAAAAUGCCCAAAAAACUCAUCCACCUCGUCCGCCACGGCGCCGGCGAGCACGACGAAACCCACGACUACACAAUCCACGACCCCCUCCUCACCGACCACGGCGCCUCCCAAGCCAGCGCACUGCGCGACCUCCUCACAACCCACGGCGUGUUCCCCUCGCUCGAGCUCGCCACCUCCUCGCCCCUGCGCCGCUGCAUCCAGACCUCGCUCAUCGCGUUCCAACCCUACCUCACAUCCCACCCCUCUCUCCUUCUGCUCCCCCGCGCCCAAGAGUCCUCCGCCGAGCCCUCCAACACGGGCUCCUCGGUCCCCGCCAUCCGCGCCUUCUUCCACGGCCAGCCCGUCGCGCUCGACUUCUCCAUGUGCGAGCGGUACCCCGCGUUCAACUCCAAGACCGGGCUCUUCGCGCCCAUGGGCCCGGCGCUGGAGGAGCGCGCGAAGGAGCUGCGGGCGUGGCUGAGGGCGCGCGAGGAGCGCGUGGUUGCGGUGGCGGCGCAUGGGAACUUCUUGCAUCAUUUGACGGGCAUGAUUGAUGCGGGGGGGAAGCAGGCGGGGGGUGAUUGGGGGAAUGCGGAGUGGAGGGUGUAUGAGUUUGUGGAGGCGGAGGUGGAGGGGAAUGGGGUUGCGGAUGAGGAAGAUAAGAUUAGGGAGACGGAGUGGAGUUGGAGGAGGAGGCGGGCCGAGGGGCCGAGUUUGGUUGCUGGUGGUGAUGGAGAGGGGGGUGUGGAAGGGGUGGAGAGGGGAUGGUGA